AUGGACACAGACCUCUCUCCGCCCAAGGUCUACGCCUACGACGAAGUGCCUGAAAACAAGUCCUGGGCGGCAGCCCUCCCUGUGGCCAAAGGCUUGUAUAACCCAGAAUAUGAAAAAGACGCCUGUGGUGUUGGUUUCACCUGCCACCUCAAAGGCGCUGCGUCCCAUAAAAUCGUCAGCGAUGCCAGAAACCUCUUGUGCAACAUGACCCACCGAGGCGGUGAGUUGAACCCCAAGGACGGUGACGGUGCUGGUUUGAUGCUGUCGCUUCCACACAAGUUCUUGCAAAGAGAGUUCAAGUACCACUGCGACGUGGACUUGCCGCCAUUGGGCCAGUACGGUACCGGUAACGUUUUCUUCAAGAAGGACGAGGCCGUGUACGAGAAGUCCCGCAACACUUUUGAAAAUAUCGCUUCUUCGCUUGGCCUCCGGGUUUUGGGCUGGAGAGCGGUUCCUCACGACUCCUCCAUCUUGGGCCCGGCCUCUCUCUCCAGGGAGCCCUUGAUUUUGCAGCCAGCCGUGGUGCUUGCGGACGUUUACGGAACAGAGGUGUCGGACGAGGAAUUUGAAAAAUUGCACAAGAAGGACUUUGAAAAGAAGUUGUUCAUUUUGCGCAAGCAGCUGUCCCACACCAUUGGCCUCCACAACUGGUUCUACAUCUGCUCGCUCAAUGCCAAAACCAUUGUCUACAAGGGCCAAUUAGCGCCCAACCAGGUGUACGCAUACUACUACGAUUUGGCCAAUGCCGAGUUCGAGGCCCAUUUUGCCCUUGUCCACUCUCGUUUCUCCACAAACACCUUCCCUUCGUGGGACCGAGCCCAGCCGUUGAGAAUGGCGGCUCACAAUGGUGAAAUCAACACUUUGAGAGGAAACAAGAACUGGAUGCGUGCCAAGGAGGGUGUGAUGCGUUCGGAGUUGUUUGGCGAGGAAUUGGAAAAAUUGUACCCGGUCAUCGAGGAGGGCGGUUCCGACUCGGCGGCGUUCGAUAAUGUGUUGGAGUUGUUGGUGAUCAACGGCGUGCUUUCCUUGCCUGAGGCGGUCAUGACCAUGAUUCCUGAGGCCUGGCAGAACGACAAGAACAUCGACAUGAAGAAAAAAGCUUUCUACGAGUGGGCCGCGUGUCUCAUGGAACCAUGGGACGGUCCUGCCUUGUUCACAUUUGCCGACGACAGGUACUGUGGUGCCAACUUGGACAGAAACGGUUUGAGACCUUGCAGAUACUACAUCACCGACGACGACAGGAUCAUCUGUGCGUCCGAGGUGGGUGUGAUCGACAUCGACCCGGAGAAGGUGUUGCAGAAAGGCCGUUUGCAGCCAGGCAGAAUGUUGCUUGUGGAUACCAAGGAAGGCAGAGUUGUGGACGAUCGUGAGUUGAAGCAGUCUGUGGCUUCCCGAUUCGAUUUCAAAUCGUGGGUCACCGCCAACAUGAUCACGCUUGACGAUCUUAAUGCCAAGUUGACCGACAGGGAGAUUGACCUUGAGCACCAGAUCGAGGAGAGUGGUGGGAACAUCACCGUGCAAACAGACCCCCGUUUGGUGGCUUUCGGCUACUCCCACGAGCAAAUCUUGAAUAUUCUUCUGCCCAUGGCCGAGGGUAAAGAGGCUCUUGGGUCCAUGGGUAACGAUGCCGCUUUGGCGUGUGUUUCAGAACAACCCAGGUUGUUGUACGAGUACUUCCGUCAAUUGUUUGCCCAGGUGACAAACCCUCCCAUUGACCCGAUCAGAGAGGAGAUUGUCAUGUCGUUGGAGUGCUACGUGGGUCCCCAGGGCAAUCUUUUGGAAAUGAAGCCCGACCAGUGCAACCGUUUGUUGUUGAAAUCGCCUUGGUCCAUCACCACCAUCGACAUCACCUUCGACAAGUCCGAAGGCAUCCAGGGCUACAUCAACAAAAUCUCCGAAAUCUGCCAGGACGCCUCCAAGGCCAUUGCCGACGACCGCAAAAUCAUCAUCUUGUCCGACAGAGCCACCUCGUUCGACAGAGUGCCCAUUUCUGCCUUGAUCGCUACCGGUGCUGUGCACCACCACUUGGUCAGACAGAAGCAGCGUUCCAAGGUGGCCAUUCUUUUGGAAACCGCCGAAGCCAGAGAAGUGCACCAUGCCUGUUGUUUGGUGGGCUACGGUGCCGAUGGUAUUAACCCAUAUUUGGCGAUCGAGACGUUGGUGAGAAUGAAGAACGAGGGUUUGUUGAAGAAGCAGUUUUCCGACGAGCAGCUUGUGAAAAACUACAAGUACGCCGUGGACGCUGGUAUUUUGAAGGUCAUGUCCAAGAUGGGUAUUUCCACCUUGGCGUGCUACAAGGGUGCCCAGAUCUUCGAGGCGCUUGGUAUCGAUAAUUCGGUCAUUGACCGCUGUUUUGCCGGCACUGCUUCCAGAAUCAAGGGUAUCACUUUCGAGUACAUUGCCCAGGACGCCUUCUCGCUCCACGAAAGAGGAUACCCUACCAGAGAGACCGUCAAGCCUGUGGCGCUUCCAGAAACCGGUGAGUACAACUGGAGAGACGGAGGAGAGAAGCACGUUAAUGAUCCAGCGGCCAUUGCGUCGAUGCAAGACGCCGUCAGAAACAAAAACGAGAAAGCCUACGACGCCUACUGCAAGAAGGAGUACGAGGCCAUCAAGAACUGUACGCUCAGAGGUCUUUUGGACUUUGACUAUGAGGGAGCCAAACCGGUGCCCAUUGACCAAGUCGAGCCCUGGACGGAGAUUGUUCGUCGUUUUUUCACCGGUGCCAUGUCGUACGGUUCCAUUUCCAUGGAGGCCCAUUCCACGCUUGCCGUUGCCAUGAACAGAUUGGGUGGUAAGUCCAACACCGGAGAAGGUGGUGAGGAUUCCGCCAGAUCCCAGGUCAACGCCAACGGCGACACGAUGCGUUCUGCCAUCAAGCAAAUUGCGUCUGGUCGUUUUGGUGUCACUUCGUACUAUUUGGCGGACGCCGACGAGUUGCAGAUCAAAAUGGCCCAGGGUGCCAAACCUGGAGAAGGUGGUGAGUUGCCCGGCCACAAGACACUCGACCCCGGCGUGGGCUUAAUUUCGCCUCCUCCCCACCACGACAUUUACUCGAUCGAGGACUUGAAGCAGUUGUUGUACGACUUGAAGUGCCUGAACCCCAGAGCCAGAACGUCGGUCAAGUUGGUUUCCGAAGUCGGCGUGGGUAUUGUGGCUGCCGGUGUGGCCAAGGCCGGCUCGGAAAAUAUUCUUGUUUCCGGUGGAGACGGUGGCACUGGUGCUGCCAAGUGGACCUCCAUCAAGUACGCUGGAUUGCCCUGGGAAUUGGGUCUUGCCGAAUCCCACCAAACGCUCGUUUUGAACGACCUCAGAGGCCGUGUGAUUUUGCAAACAGACGGCCAGAUCAAAACAGGCCGUGAUAUCGCCAUUGCGUGCUUGCUUGGUGCUGAAGAGUGGGGUUUUGCAACCACCCCGUUGAUCGCCAUGGGCUGUAUUUUCAUGCGUCGUUGUGAGCUCAAUGUGUGUCCCGUGGGCAUUGCCACCCAGGACCCAGAGCUUAGAAAGAAGUUCCAGGGUACACCUGAACAUGUCAUCAACUUCUUCUACUACAUGGCCCAGGAGUUGAGAUCGUACAUGGCCAAGUUGGGAUUCAGAACCAUCAACGAGAUGGUCGGGCGUACGGAGGUGUUGAAGGUCAGAGACGACUUGAGAAACACCAAAAACGCCAACAUCGACUUGCUGCCUAUCUUGACGCCAGCCCACACCAUCAGGCCUGGUGUGGAUACCUACUGCGUGAGAAAGCAGGACCACCGCUUGCACGUCAGAAUCGACAACAAGUUGAUUGACGAGUCCGAGGUGACGUUGGAGAAGGGUUUGCCGGUCACAAUUGACUGCAAUGUCGUCAACACCGACCGGUCUUUGGGUACCACCUUGUCGUACAGAGUGUCCAAGACUUUUGGUGAGCAAGGCUUGCCCCACGACACUAUUCAUGUCAACGUCAAGGGAUCUGCCGGCCAGUCUUUCGGUGCCUUUUUGGCCCCAGGCAUCACUUUGGAGCUUGAGGGUGACGCCAACGACUACAUCGGCAAAGGUCUUUCGGGAGGAAGAAUUAUUGUGUAUCCACCUGCUGGAUCGAAAUUCAAGGCCGAGGACCAGAUUAUCGCCGGUAACACGGCCUUUUUCGGCGCCACGUCCGGUGCCGCUUUUAUCCGUGGUGUAGCUGCCGAGAGAUUUGCCGUUAGAAACUCGGGAGCCACUAUCGUUGCUGAAGGAACCGGUGAUCACGGAUGUGAGUACAUGUCCGGCGGCCGUGUGGUGAUUUUGGGCUCCACGGGCCGGAACUUUGCCGCUGGUAUGUGUGGUGGUAUUGCCUAUGUUUUGGACAUGGCCCAGGAUUUCAACCAGAAGGUAAAUGGUCAGACUGUGGAGCUUUCCAGCGUCACGGAGCCCUCAGAAAUCGCCUUCUUGAGAGGCUUGAUCGAGGACCACCGCCACUACAGCGGUUCGGAAGUUGCUGGCCAGAUCUUGAACGACUUCAACCGGAUCUUGAGCCGUUUCGUCAAGGUGUUGCCUCACGACUACAAGAAGGUGCUUGAGCAGGAGAAGCAGAAGCAGGCGGAGGCCAAGAAGAAGGAGUUGAGCAGUUUCAUGAAGAACAUCAAGGAGGACCCCGAGUGUGACGCUACCAACGGCGAAGCGGCCAAAAUCAAGCAUGGCCAUGUGCACCGUGCCACACCUGCCAAAGCCGGAUCCAAGGAGCCCAAGGUGUUGGAUCUCGAGGACACCAUCACCAACCCGGAAACGGAAAAGAAGGCCGUGGCCCAGUUGGACAAGCUCCGUGGGUUCAUGAAGUACAAGAGAAGAAACGAGAAGUACAGAGACGCCAAGGCCAGAACCAAGGACUGGAACGAAAUGACGUCCCGUUUGACCAAGGACGAGCUCAAGCACGAAACGGCUCGUUGUAUGGACUGCGGUGUGCCCUUCUGCACCUCCGACACUGGAUGUCCUAUUUCCAACGUUAUUCCCAAAUGGAACGAGUUGGUGUUCAAGGACAGAUGGUACGACGCCUUGCAGCGUUUGAUGAUGACCAACAACUUCCCUGAAUUCACCGGCAGAAUCUGCCCUGCUCCUUGUAACGGCGCCUGUGUUUUGGGCAUCAACGAGGACCCUGUGAACAUCAAAUCCGUGGAAUGUGCCAUUAUCGACCACGGUUUCGAACAGGGCUGGAUCAAGCCAGAACCUCCAACCCGCAGAACCGGCAUGUCCGUGGCUGUGAUUGGCUCGGGUCCUGCUGGAUUGUCUGCUGCCGACCAGUUGAACAAGGCAGGCCACAAGGUGACUGUCUACGAAAGAGCAGACAGACCAGGUGGGUUGUUGAUGUACGGUAUUCCCAACAUGAAGUUGGACAAGCGUCUUGUCAAGAGAAGAACGGAUCUUUUGGCUGCUGAAGGCAUUGAAUUCGUUUGCAAAACCGCCGUGGGAGACGACAUUUCUGUGGAGCAGUUGCAGUCGUCCAACGACGCUGUGAUUUUUGCCGUGGGCUCCACAAUCCCCAGAGACUUGAACAUCCCCGGCAGAGACCUCCAGAACAUCGACUUUGCCAUGAGGCUCUUGCACUCCAACACCAAGGCGCUUUUGGAUAACACUCUCGAGGAGAUCCGCAAGCAGGUUUCUGGAAAAGACGUUAUCGUCAUUGGAGGCGGCGACACCGGUAACGACUGUUUGGGUACCUCCACCAGACACGGCGCCAAGUCCGUCACCAACUUUGAGUUGUUGCCUACACCUCCAGAUGCCAGACCCAAGGACAACCCGUGGCCGCAGUGGCCUCGUGUUUUCAGAGUCGACUACGGUCACUCUGAGGUUGCCGCUCACUACGGCAAGGACCCUAGAGAGUACUCUAUUCUUUCGAAGGAGUUUGUGGAUGACGGUGAGGGCAACGUCAAGGGGAUCAAGACCGUCAGAGUCGAGUGGAAGCGUUCUGACUCUGGCGCCUGGCAGAUGGCCGAGGUGCCUGGAUCCGAGCAGUUCUUUGCUGCCGAUAUCGUGCUUUUGUCCAUGGGUUUCCUUGGCCCUGAAACCGACAAGCUUUCGGUGAACAAGACAAAGCGAGGCACCAUUUCCACGGCCAACCCUAGCGGUUACCGUGUUUCCGGCCAGGAGAACCUUUUCGCUGCCGGCGACUGUAGGAGAGGCCAGUCGUUGGUGGUGUGGGGUAUCCAGGAAGGUCGCCAGUGUGCUCGUGAGGUGGACAACUACCUUAUGGGCGCCACGAGGUUGCCAGGAAACGGCUCUGUGGAGCAGAGAAACUUCAAGUUGUUGGAGGAGCUUGCGGAGAAGGUCUGA